GUCCUUCUUCCCAGCGAAGUCUUCUUAUGAGACAUAGUACGAAAUUCUAAGCGUGUGGUUGCUCAGUCAGUUAUAGCUCGAUCCUGAUUUGUCUGGAAGUGUUUCUGAUUAGCCUCAGAAACCCCUUUCGAAAAAUCUUCAGGAAAGCCAUGUUUUGAUCUUCAAUGGCGGCAGUGACUCUAUCCAUGGUGCAACCCUGUGGCAUGUGUUGUGCUGGUAGAAGAUUGCGUAGUGUGAUUGUAAUCCAAGCUCAGAGAGGAAGCUGGAAUAGAAUGAGGUUGAGUAAUUUCUUCUUCCCCAGAGUCUGGAACAUAUCUUAUCGUUCAAAGCAUAAAUUUUCUGACAAUAUUCUCGACCAAGUUGAGAAGUUUGCCACUGCUCGCCUCGAGAAUCAGUCCAAGUUGAUUAGCAAGGUUGCAGCUUUGAUGGAGUAUGAUAAUGUCGAUGAUUUUGUUGAUAAGAAAUCUGAUGAGGAAGUUAAGAAAGAUCUUGUAUUGGCGUGUCAGAGAUUCCCUUCUAUCAUUCUUGGUGAUUCUCGUCCAGUGGAACUAUACAGCAAUAGCAUAUCUUCAGAUGAACCAAGGGGUAUUCUUAAAACGCCAACUGAUAACAGUUUCCUGCCCACUCCCAUCCAUGGAGGAUGGUUUGAUCCAGACAAUCUUUCCAGAACUUUAUCUUCCUUGUGUCCAGAGGUUCAGAAUGUUGAUUCUUCCAAUCUCAGAGAAGAAAUUUCAGAUGGUUCCUUUUUUACGAGCCAAACCACAGUUUCUGAACUUGAAACAACAUCUGAUGAUUCUGCCUCUCAACAAUUCCUUGGUAGCAGUAUAGGUUUUAUUCCCGGGCUAAGUAAGAGGCACAGCAAUCAGCUAGAUACCUGUGGCUUUCACACGAUGAAGAAACUAUUGCAUCAUUUUCCUCGAACCUAUGCAGAUUUGCAGAAUGCACAGGUUGAUAUUGAGGAUGGACAGUACUUGAUAUUUGUUGGCAAAAUAUUGUCUUCCAAGGGAGUUAGAGCUAGCUCUUCAUUUUCCUUUCUCGAGGUUAUUGUAAGCUGUGAAAUCUCAGGCAGAGACAGAACUCCGGGGAAUCUGAGUUAUAAUACUGAAGAUAAAGCAGGAAAAUCAAUUUUUUUGCAUCUGAAGAAGUUUUUUAGGGGGACUCGCUUUACCUGGCAACCCUUUCUUAAUGCUAUUCAAGAGAAACAUAAAGUUGGGGAUCUUGUUUGUGUUUGUGGGAAGGUUAAGUCAUUACGUGCAGAAGAUCAUUUUGAAAUGAGGGACUACAAUAUUGAUGUACUCAAAGAUGAGGAAGAAUCAUCUCUUCGAGCCCAGGGGAGACCAUAUCCUAUAUACCCUUCAAAAGGAGGGUUGAACCCAAAGUUCCUUAGCGACGUCAUCUCCAGGGCUCUGCGGGUUCUCCCCGCCAAUAUUGAUCCGAUUCCUAAAGAAAUCACUACAGUGUUUGGCUUACCAUCACUUAAUGAUGCAUACGUUGGUAUUCACGAGCCCAAGACUUUAGAUGAGGCUGACUUAGCUCGCAAAAGGCUUAUAUUUGACGAGUUCUUUUACCUACAGUUAGCACGUUUGUACCAAAUGCUUCAAGGCCUUGGCACAAAAAUAGAGAAAGAUGUAUUGCUGGAAAAGUUUAGAAAGCCAGUGCUUAAUUCCGUUUAUAUUGAAGAAUGGUCCCCUCUCACUAAGAGUUUUCUGAAGGCUCUACCAUAUUCCCUCACUCCUAGCCAGCUAAGCGCUGUCUCAGAAAUUAUAUGGGAUCUAAAGCGCCCGGUUCCAAUGAAUCGGCUUUUGCAGGGUGAUGUUGGAUGUGGCAAAACAGUUGUGGCUUUCUUGGCGUGCAUGGAGGUCAUAGGAUCUGGUUACCAGGCAGCUUUCAUGGCCCCGACAGAAUUACUUGCCAUCCAGCAUUAUGAACAGUGCCGUGAUCUGUUGGAGAAUAUGGAGGGAAUAACAUCCAAGCCAACCAUUGGGUUGCUGACAGGUUCAACCCCGGCGAAGCAGUCACGUAGUAUUCGCCAGGAUCUUCAAAGUGGAGCUAUAUCGUUUAUAAUUGGAACUCACAGUCUAAUAGCUGAAAAGAUAGAGUACUCUGCAUUACGUAUUGCCGUCGUUGAUGAGCAGCAACGAUUUGGUGUAAUCCAGAGAGGAAAAUUUAACAGCAAGUUAUAUGGGACAUCUGUGAUAUCAAAAAGUGACUCAUCUGACGCUGAUGAUACAUCUAAAGCUGAUCUCAGUAUGGCUCCUCAUGUUCUUGCCAUGUCAGCUACCCCUAUCCCGAGAUCACUUGCCUUAGCUUUAUACGGAGAUAUUUCUUUGACCCAAAUUACUGGUAUGCCACUUGGAAGAAUACCAGUUGAGACCCACAUUUUUGAGGGAAAUGAGACUGGCAUCAAGGAAGUCUACUCGAUGAUGCUGAAAGACUUGAAGUCUGGAGGGAGAGUGUACCUUGUGUAUCCUGUUAUUGAACAAUCAGAGCAACUUCCACAGCUCCGUGCUGCCUCUGCUGAGCUCGAAAUAAUAACCAAGAAAUUUCCGAAGUACAACUGCGGGUUGUUACACGGAAGGAUGAAGAGUGAAGACAAAGAAGAGGCUCUGAACAAAUUCAGAAGUGGAGAAACACAGAUACUUCUUUCCACCCAGGUGAUAGAGAUAGGUGUUGAUGUUCCAGACGCAUCAAUGAUGGUUGUCAUGAAUGCUGAAAGGUUUGGAAUAGCUCAGUUACACCAGCUCCGAGGACGUGUUGGGCGUGGAACCAGAAAAUCGAAAUGCUUAUUAGUUGGGUCAACUACCAAUAGCCUAAAACGGUUGAAAAUGUUGGGGAAAUCAUCAGAUGGGUUUUACUUGGCAAAUAUAGACCUUCUUCUACGAGGACCUGGUGAUUUGCUUGGGAAGAAACAGUCUGGGCACCUACCAGAGUUCCCAGUCGCUAGGCUAGAAGUAGACGGCAAUAUGUUGCAGGAAGCCCACAUCGCCGCUUUGAACGUUCUAGGAGAUUCUCAAGACCUGGAGAAAUUUCCAGCGCUGAAAGCUGAGCUUAGCAUGAGACAGCCACUUUGUCUUCUGGGCGACUAAAAGUUUACACAAGCCACAAUAUGUACAUACAUAGUACAUACUUGGUAUGUCCUUUUGGUAUUUUGGUACUAUGACAUAUUGUAGUAGUAGUAUAGUCUUUGGGUGUCAAAUUUAGAUUAAGCCUAUGACAUAUUGUAGUAGUAGUAUAGUCUUUGGGUGUCAAAUUUAGAUUAAGCCUAGACGGGGAGGGGGGAUCCAAAAUAUUUUGAUGUCAUGUAAACUUUUGUGCACAACAAGAGACCCAUUCAUGUGAAAAAAGGAAGGAUACUUGACUUGGAGUUGAUGCCUUUGAAUAGGACGUGAACUAAAAUGGGAUCUGUAAAAGUAACAAAUUAGUGGUGGCUUUAUGCAUACCAAAGUUUGUAUUUGGAGAGUUUUGUGGAGUGUAAGUUAAUAUUAGAAGAAAGUGGUAAUAGGAAUUAGGAAUGGUGUUGUGAGUGACCCACAGGCCACAGGGACACAGUAGCAAACAAAACCAAUCGAGGAGAUCUCACGGGGGAGGAGAGGGACAAAGAGACAAGUGGUGGCCCACCAAAUGUUUCCUACCCAAUCAUCAAAGGAUAGGACCCACUAACCACCUUGUCUCCUCCUUUGUCCUUCACUUCCGUAUUGAAACUUGAACUGUUGGCAACUUGUUUCUCAUCUUAUUGACACUGCUGCUUCUCCCCUGUAUCAUUCUGCGUCUUCUUCUCUUUGUAUGGAUCAUUCUAAACACUUGCAUCACUCCAUUGUUGCUUCUACUAAUAGAUCUAAACUGGAUCCAGUUUAUAAUUAGAGGGAAUUCAACAUACAUA